CCGGAAGCGAUUACGUGUUUGGGAACUGCGUACCGCGAAGGUUGGUACGGCCUCGUGAAGUCGGAGAAGAAGGCCGCGAAAAUUUUCAAGCGCGCCGUGGAGCUCGGGGAAGUGGACGCGAUGACCAACCUUGGGGCCGCGUACUAUAACGGGGAAGGCGUCAAGCAGGACUGGAAAAAGGCGAAGCGGCUGCAUCGAAUGGCCGCAGACCGCGGUUGCGCAACGGGACAGUGCAACGUCGGUGAAAUUUGCGAGGUCAAAGAAGGGGACAUCAGCGAAGCGCGAAAAUGGUACGCGCUUUCGGCCGCCCAGGAACUCGCGCGGCUUCGCCGCCAUGUGGAGAACGAGGUGCCGGAAGCAAUUUCGUUUUUGGGAUGUGCGUACCGCCGCGGUUACUUCGGCCUCGUGAAAUCCGAUAAGAAAGCCGCGAAGAUUUGGAAGCGCGCCGUGGAGCUCGGGGACGUGGAGGCGAUGGUACAACUUGGGGCCGCGUACUAUUUAGGGCGAGGCGUCAAAUUGGACUGGAAAAAGGCGAAGCGGCUGCAUCGAAUGGCCGCAGACCGCGGUUCCGCAGUUGGACAGAAAAACAACGAGGUGCCGGAAGCGAUUGCGUUUUUGGGAAGGGCGUACCGCCACGGUGACUUCGGCCUUGUGAAAUCCGAUAAGAAAGCCGCAAAGAUUUUCAAGCGCGCCGUGGAGCUCGGGGACGUGGACGCGAUGGUGAGCCUUGGGGCCGCGUACUAUCUAGGGCAAGGCGUCAAGCUGGACUGGAAAAAGGCGAAGCGGCUGCAUCGAAUGGCCGCAAACCGCGGUUCCGCAAUGGCACAGUGCAACGUCGGUGAAAUUUGCGAGGUUAAAGAAGGGGACAUCAGCGAAGCACGAAAAUGGUACGCCCUUUCGGCCGCCCAGGGCUUCAAG